AAAAAAAAGACGCGUUGAGAAGCCAAAGAGUGCUUGUAGCACUCCGAGUUGCAUUGGGGCUGUUCCUAAUCACCGCGUGAGGAAAGGAAAGCCGUGCAUGUGGGUUUGAUUGGAGCGGCGCGAUGCUUGUUUUCUUUUGACCGAUCGCAACCCAGCCCCGCCGCUCCGGGCUCUUUGUGUGCGUGUGAGCGUGCCUCGAUGGGAGCUCGUCCCGCUCCACUCCCACCCGCCAUCCCCUAAGCUGGGGGCUGUCCGAGGAGGGGACAUCCCCACGUGUCACUGUGAUGCCGGGGCUGUAGGUCGCUCUGUGGGCAGCGCGCACCGCUCUGGGAUGGCUGUGUACGCCCUCACCGGCUUCUCGCUGGUCAGCCUGCUCAGCUUUGGCUAUUUAUCGUGGGACUGGAUGAAGCCUGGCUUGGUGGCUGAUGUGGCUACGAGCCCCAUGGAGAAAUCGCUGCCUCCUUCCUUCACCCGCCCGCCGCACAUCAUCUUCAUCCUGACUGAUGACCAGGGCUACCACGACGUCGGGUACCACGGCUCUGACAUCCAGACGCCCACCUUGGACAGGUUGGCAGCUGAGGGCGUGAAGCUGGAGAACUACUACAUCCAGCCCAUCUGCACGCCGUCCCGCAGCCAGCUGAUCACCGGCCGGUACCAGAUCCACACAGGGCUGCAGCACUCCAUCAUCCGCCCCCGGCAGCCCAACUGCCUGCCCCUUGACCAGGUCACCCUGCCCCAAAAGCUGCAGGAAGCCGGCUACUCCACGCACAUGGUGGGCAAGUGGCACCUCGGCUUCUACAAGAAGGAGUGCCUGCCCACCCGCAGGGGCUUCGACACCUUCCUGGGCUCCCUGACAGGCAACGUGGACUACUACACCUACGACAACUGCGACGGGCCGGGCGUCUGCGGCUACGACCUGCAUGAAGGGGAGAACGUGGCAUGGGACCAGAGUGGGAAAUACUCCACCUUCCUCUAUGCCCAGCGUGUCAGCAAGAUCCUGGCAUCCCACAGCCCCAAGGAGCCCAUCUUCAUCUACGUGGCCUUCCAGGCAGUGCACACUCCGCUGCAGUCACCCAAGGAGUACAUCUACCGCUACCGCUCCAUGGGCAACGUCGCUCGCCGCAAGUACGCGGCCAUGGUGACGUGCAUGGAUGAGGCAGUGAAGAACAUCACCUGGGCCCUCAAGAAGUAUGGUUAUUAUGACAACAGUGUGAUUGUCUUCUCCACGGACAAUGGUGGGCAGACGUUCUCUGGGGGAAGCAACUGGCCGCUGCGAGGCCGCAAAGGGACGUACUGGGAAGGGGGUGUGCGUGGCAUCGGUUUUGUCCACAGUCCAUUGAUCAAGCGCAAGCGACGGACCAGCUGGGCACUGGUGCACAUCACAGACUGGUACCCCACCCUGGUGAGUCUGGCCAGGGGCAACCUGAGCAAUGUCCCAGGCCUGGAUGGUUACAACGUCUGGCCUGCCAUCAGCGAGGGGAAGGAGUCACCGCGAACUGAAAUCCUGCAUAACAUUGACCCCCUCUACAACCACGCCAAGUACGGCUCCUUGGAGGAUGGCUUCGGUAUCUGGAACACGGCCGUGCAGGCCUCCAUCCGCGUCGGGGAGUGGAAGCUCCUCACCGGGGACCCCGGUUACAGCGACUGGAUCCCCCCGCAGACGCUGACCAACUUCCCGGGCAGCUGGUGGAACCUGGAGCGGCUGACCGACGGCUUGAGAAAAUCCGUGUGGCUUUUCAACAUCACUGCAGACCCCUACGAGCGCUACGACCUCUCGGAGCAGCGCCCCGACAUCGUCCGAGCGUUGCUGACCCGUCUAGUGCACUACAACCGGACGGCCAUCCCAGUGCGCUACCCUGCUGAGAACCCUCGUGCCCACCCCGACUUCAAUGGAGGUGCUUGGGGGCCUUGGGCCAGCGAGGAUGAGGUGGAGGAGUGGGAAGGUGGUGGUGGGGAACCCCCCAAGAGUCGGAGCAAGAAGAAGAAGUGUAAAAUCUGCAAACUGCGCUCCUUCUUCCGCAAGCUGAACACCAGGCUCAUGUCCAACCGCAUCUGAGCGGAGGGUCCCCAGCGCCGACACAGCCUGGCCAGGGUGGAGAUAGAGACGGCAGUGCUAUGGGGUGGGAUGGAGGGAGAGGGAUGGACGGGGUUCACCCCGAACACUUCUGCACUUGGCCGGACCACAGAGAAGGCAGACAGACCAGCAGGGAUAGGCAGUGUGGGCUCAUGGCUGUGCACAGCCUCUUCAGAGCCAGACAUUCUUCUGGAGGACCAUGCAGGCUGUGAGCUUUGGCCAUGGCAGCAGCACAAGGGUGGGGGUGCGGAGCGCCUGGCCAGCCUCAGUCAGUCUGGCUGCAAUUUUUCCCUUGGUGUUUCUCUGUAGAUACAUGUUGCUGACUUGCUACAUGCUGCUGAGCAGCUGCUUGGUUUGCUCCUGAUCUAGGAACUUGAGGGCUUCCCCAAACCCAAGACAAUGGCAUUUCCCCGUUAUACUUCCCUAUAGAAGGAUGGCUUCCUGGAGGUGGACUCAGCCUUGGUGUGAUGAGGUCCUCACCUUUGGCCAUGGCUUCUCUUCUCCACUGGCUUUGGGCGGCCAGGAGCAGCCCUGGAGCUGUGCCUGUAAGAACGUGGUUGGAAGCAGUGCCUUGAUGCAUGCAGAGGACAAACGCUUCUGGACAGCCCGAUGCAUGGGAGGCAGCUUUGUCUCAAAGGUCCCCAAUAGUUCAUCCCCAGCUCUGCCUGGUUGGAUCCCAUGGCUGCACGGCUGGAGGCACCCCUAAGUUCCUCUCUGUGCAUCCUACGACCAAGCCCAGGACAGACAAAAGACCUCAGGAAGAUCUCAUAGAUCUGCUCCAUCACUGCAGGACAUGGAGCCCCGGGGUCAUGGAGACGGACAUCCCUUCACCCUCCCCUUUCCUGCAGGUGGGCAGGAUGUGCCAGCACAUCCCCUCACAUGGACACAGCGCUGUGCCCCCGCGCUCCCCGCGGACGUGCGCUCUGAUGGGAGCUGGCGCGGAUGAAAGAGGGUAAAUAGCUUUAAAAGCAUUUUGGAUGCACGGUGCAUUUCCAUUUACACAAUGUGUUUUACAUUUCUCCCCACAGGUUUCUCUUGGUGCAGCGCGUGUAGGCGAAGGCCCUGCUGUGAAUUUUGAAAAUAGUUAUUUUUGUCUCUGGAAAAUGAGGCCCGUUAGGACUUGUCAGCUCUUGGAUGAGCAG